UCAAUUCUGCAAGUGGUUCUAAUUUACUAUCGCUGUUCUCUAGGUGGUCUAAAACCGCUUUUGACCUAAAGCGACGCUUUUUGGACGCCAUGGACUUUUCUAAGUUUCUAGGAAGAAAGAACAGUCAAAAUGCAGGCAGGGCACAGGACAAAGCACUCGGGACAAAAUGUAUGUGAAAUGGUUUGAAACAAAAAUGACAGUUUCUAAAAUUUUGAAAUUUGCCGCCGCUUCCGGACCCCGUACGUCCCGACGCUCGCAGGGACCAGAACACGGAAGCUGGAUGCCGGCA